AUGGCUCCGGUCCGUGGCCGCGCAGCCUGCGAUGGGUGCAGAUCUCGAAAGCAGAAGUGCGAUGAAAAAAGGCCAACCUGUUCGCGAUGUCGUGACAUGAAACGGGAAUGCGUGUGGCCGAAGCUAUACAAGCGCGGCCCUGCAAAGGGUUACAUUGAGGCGCUCGAGCAGCGCCUCGCAGUUACCGAGACUGUACUUCUGCAGCUGCUUCAAGUAUCAAACGACAACGUUCUGCAAGAUGCGUUCAAGCGUGAGCCGAGCAGGAGGACGGAUGUUGUAAACAUGGCAGCCACCACAACCACAACUACCGACGCCGCAGGGCGAAUAGAGGCCAAGAAGACGGGCACAAUUGCCCACUGGGACAACUUCCCCCUAAAUACGGCAGACGAUGUGAAGCGCUGGGCAGGCGAAGUCCUCGGGCACAACACUAUUAAUCACGCUGGUAGCCUCAUCGAUAACCACACUGGCAGCAUCGCCAUCAACGGGACGGGCCAUGAAGAAGCGGAUGUGACGCCGUUUGAAACAUUUCCUGUCCCACCAGAUCCGCUGCCAAAGAGCCUAGCCGAGGCGAGCUCGAGAGCCAGCACCGAAGCAUUUCCGCCACGGUCAAUGGAGCCCAUACCGACUGCUCUUCCAACUGCUGCGGAGCCAAUAUUGGGCUCUGGCACGAUGUUUGCGAGGGACAUGGCGCCAUCAGGCGAGGUUUUUGAUUUGUCUCAGGAUUUUAGACGGCAGUUUGUAUGGUAA